AUAAAAUGGAGAGCUCUUCACAAAUGAAUGCACAAGAGAAUUCCCACAUCGUGGAUCAAGAGAAGUCGAUUCUGAAAGAACAAAUAAUCACAGAAGAAGAACUUGUGAGAUGUUUUUAUUUCAACUAUUUCUCGGAAGAAUUGACAUUGAAAAUAUUUGGUACAGACCAAGAAUGAGAGAAUUACUAUUUCGGUUUAGGAGUAAACAUCAACAGACAAAGUGACAAAAUUUUUAUUAAGAAAAUUAAAUUCUUGAGACAAAUCAAAAUGAAGAGAUUAUAUUUGAAAGAUAUCAAAAGCAGAAAUAGGUAUUCUGUUAAUUCCUUCUUCUCUUCAUUCCCAAAACUUGCUGCCAAAUUUGAAAUCCAGUCAUCAAACGAAGCAACUCUUAAUAUAUCUCCUUAUUUGGAAGGAAUAACUAGAAACGGCUUAAGAGUGUUAAACCUAAUUUGAAUUGAGAAUUUUAAACUCAGCCAUCCCCAGAUAAAGAGAGUUAUGACAUCUUGCAAGCAUGUUGAAGAAGUCAAGUUUAGAUUUUGCCAGCUUUCAGUGCCUGUUAUUAUUGACUUUUCAAAAUUGUUGAAAGACACAAAUAUCAAGAUUCUUGACUUGCUUGGAUCAAAAGGAUUCUCAUCAAAUGACUUAGAAUCAAACUACCAUAGUUUUUAUACUGUAUUUAAAACUUUAGCAGCAAGCAUUGCUACUUCUGCAGAUUUGAAGAAAACGCUAAUGAAAAUAAGCCUUGAUUUUUGCGAUCUUGAAACACUUGAAGCGAGGACAAUACUUGAUCACAACGGAUUAGAAAACACUGAAGUGUCAUGUUUAGAGCUUUACGCCGGUUUUUAAUCAAAAUUUCACUCAUAAAUAUUGUUAA